AUGUCGACAAACAUUGGAAGGGAUGUUGUUUCCAUUGAGGAAACAACAAAACAACAAAAUUAUGACAAUCAAGAUGUUAUAUCAAAAAUAAUAGGAGAUUUUGGAAAAUGGCAAUUGCACCUAACAUUUUUUUUGGCUCUCUUUAAUCUCCCUUGCACUUGGCACAUAUAUGCAAUGACAUUUCAAGCACCUGAUGUGGAAUUUUGGUGUGCACCCCCCAAAGAAUUACAAUGGUUAUCCUUGGAUGAAUGGAGAAAUAUCAGUCACACGCCAUCCCUUAAUCACCAUUCAAAAUACGAUUAUAAUCCAUGUUUAAUAUGGGAUGUAAAUUAUUUAAAUUUUACUUACGAUGAAUUAAUAAAUUCCAAUUUCCAACAUCAAAAUGUCGGCGUUCGACAUUGUGAGAAAUGGAUAUAUAAUGAAAUACAAAAUUCCGUAUCAUUGGUCAGCCAGUGGAAUUUGGUUUGCGAAAGGAAAACGCUCAAAGAAACGGCGGAAAUGGUAUUUUUGGCGGGCGUUGCCAUCGGCGGACUGGUUUCUGGUAUAAUAUCUGACAGAUUUGGAAGGAAAAAAACUUUAAUGUCAUCUUUGCUUUUGCAAAUAAUCGUUGGCGUUUUGAUGGCUUUCAUACCCUGGAUUGAAUUUUUUCUAGUACUUCGAUUUCUUUUGGGUUUUAUUUCCGUCAGUGUUGUUUUCUCUGGAUUUGUUUUAUGUAUGGAAUUAGUGGGUGGUAAAUGGAGAACCAUAUCAGGAGUUUCUUAUCUUUUUCCAGUUCCUCUUAGUUAUAUAAUAUUUGCUGGCAUUGCUUAUUUCAUUCAUGGAUGGAGAGAAAUUCAAUUGGCUAUAUCAUUACCAGGGAUUUUAUUACUUGGACUUUGGUGGGUUCUUCCAGAAUCUCCCAGAUGGCUUUUAACAAUGAAAAAAAUCGACGAAAACGUUGAAAUAUUAAAAGAAGCUGCCAAAAUGAAUAAAUUGGAUUUAACACAAAAUAUCGAUAAACUUCUUCAACAGACGACAUCAGGAGAAGACAAAACGAAAAAAAAUCAAAAUGUUGGAAUUUUGGAUUUGUUUAGAUAUCCUAACAUAAGGAAAAAAUCAUUAUUGCUUUACGUUAUUUGGUUUUCUGUAUAUUUUGUCUAUUUUGGACUCAUAAUGAAUUUAAGUCACAUAGGUGGUGAUAUAUACAUUAAUACCAUUUUAUCAGGACUCGUUGAAAUUCCAUCAAUAGCAUUGAGUAUUAUUAUUUUAUUAAAAAUGGGACGAAGGUGGCCAUUGUGUUUAACAUUCUUAGGAGGUGGUAUUGCUUGUCUCAUGACGUUAUUUUUCGGGGAAGAUAGGGAAACGGUUACAAUAACAUUAGCAAUGUUUGGAAAAUUUUCAAUAGCGUCAAGUAAUGCAAUCGCACCGGUUUAUACCGCCGAAUUAUUUCCUACCGUGAUUCGUAAUUUAGGUGUAGGAUCAUCAAAUGUAGCAGCUGGAUUAGCAUUGGUUUUAGUUCCUUACUUAUGGAAUUUGGCAUCCAUUGAUUUUAGACUACCGAUGACACUUUUAGGCGUUUUUGGUAUUGUCGGUGGCGUUUCCGUAUUGUUUUUAGAAGAAACAUCAAAUCGUCCAUUAAUCAAUACGAUUGAAGAAGGAGAAGAUUUGUGA